AUGACAUGAUGGUUGUUGAAUAUAAUGGCAAUGUAUGAAUAGUAUAUACUCCAGAAAGUUCAGUUUCUUGAUUUUUUGUGUAUAAAUAGUAGGUGGGUGAGUCAUAAAAAUUUCAACUUUUUGACAAUUAAGGGAAGAAAAGGUAGUUUCUUGUCAACCCAUCUAGAAUAAAGAAGAUAGGUACUGGUUUCUUGGGUUCUAGAGUGGAUAGAAAAGUGAGAGGAUUGAUGGGAGAUAGUACAUUGAAAGAGAUGAAGAAUGGUGAUUUAGAGGGUGAGAAUUCUGGUGUUGCUGGUGGUGUGGAGGAUAUGUAUGGUGAGGAUAGAGCUACUCAAGAUCAGCCUAUUACUCCCUGGGCCAUCUCUGUUGCCAGCGGCCAUACUUUGUUGCGUGACCCACGACAUAACAAAGGAACUGCCUUCACUGAGAAAGAAAGAGAUGCUCACUAUUUGCGUGGUCUUCUACCCCCAGUGGUUUUGUCCCAGGAACUUCAGGAGAAGAAAAUGAUUCAAAAUAUCCGGAAUUAUGAAGUUCCACUUCAAAAGUACAUGGCUAUGAUGGAUCUUCAGGAAAGAAAUGAAAGGUUAUUCUACAAGCUUCUAAUCGAUAAUGUUGAUGAGCUCCUCCCUAUUGUUUACACCCCAGUUGUUGGUGAAGCUUGUCAGAAAUAUGGAAGCAUUUUUAGGCGUCCACAGGGUCUUUACAUCAGCUUGAAAGAGAAGGGGAGAAUUCUGGAAGUAUUGAAGAAUUGGCCUGAGAAGAGUAUUCAAGUUAUUGUUGUAACUGAUGGUGAGCGUAUACUGGGACUCGGAGAUCUUGGUUGUCAGGGAAUGGGAAUUCCUGUUGGAAAGCUUGCUUUAUAUACAGCACUUGGUGGAGUUCGUCCUUCAGUAUGUUUGCCCAUUACCAUUGACGUUGGCACAAAUAACCAGAAGUUGCUGGAUGACGAGUUCUAUAUCGGGCUCAAGCAAAAGAGGGCAACUGGACAGGAAUAUGCCGAGCUUAUGGAGGAGUUUAUGUCUGCAGUUAAGCAGAACUAUGGGGAGAAAAUUCUCAUACAGUUUGAAGAUUUCGCAAACCACAAUGCUUUUGAACUUCUGUCAAGAUAUCGCACUAGUCAUCUUGUGUUUAAUGAUGAUAUUCAGGGUACAGCAUCUGUUGUUUUAGCUGGGCUCAUUGCAUCUCUAAAAUUAGUUGGUGGCACCUUGUCUGACCAUACAUUCUUGUUCCUCGGUGCUGGAGAGGCUGGCACUGGCAUAGCAGAACUCAUUGCGCUUGAGAUAUCAAAGAAGACACAUACUUCAGUGGAAGAAAACCGCAAGAAGAUUUGGCUUGUAGACUCUAAAGGACUUAUUGUCAGCUCUCGCAGAGAGUCACUGCAACACUUCAAGAAGCCAUGGGCUCACGAGCACGAGCCUGUUAAAAGUCUCUUAGAUGCUGUCAAGGCAAUCAAGCCAACAGUUUUAAUAGGGACAUCUGGUGUUGGAAAAACUUUUACCAAGGAUGUUGUGGAGGCCAUGGCAUCACUAAAUGAGAAACCUCUCAUUCUUGCUCUUUCCAACCCUACUUCACAAGCUGAGUGUACUGCUGAAGAAGCUUAUGCCUGGAGUGAGGGUCGUGCAAUCUUUGCUAGUGGAAGCCCUUUUGACCCUGUUGAUUACAAUGGAAAAGUUUAUGUUCCUGGCCAGGCAAAUAAUGCUUAUAUAUUUCCUGGUUUUGGUUUGGGCAUUAUCAUGUCUGGUACCAUUCGAGUACAUGAUGAUAUGCUUCUAGCAGCAUCGGAAGCUUUGGCUGCUCAAGUGACAGAAGAAAACUAUGAGAAGGGACUGAUAUAUCCACCAUUUACAAGUAUCAGAAAGAUCUCUGCCAAUAUUGCUGCUAAAGUAGCUGCCAAGUCAUAUGAACUAGGCCUUGCUUCGCGACUCCCACGUCCCAAGGAUCUUGUCAAGUAUGCUGAGAGCUGCAUGUACUCCCCAAAUUAUCGCAGCUAUCUCUAACUUGGAAGUACAAUCUCUACUGCUGUUCUUUGCUAUCUUGCUCAUUUACUGCCUUGCGAGUUUGAAGUUGAUAAGAAUUAUCUUCGACAGUUAGAAAUGAAUUUCAGCUAUAUUGUAUUGAUUUGUUUCGAGUACCCUCGAAUCCAUUUAUUAGAUGUUGUAUUGGUUUACUUUCAAGUACACUUGAAUAUUAUUUGAGAUCACAUAAUAAACAGUUACAAUCUUCGCCAG